AUGGACGACUACCUGAGCAGCGUGGGGCUCUACCGCAAGCUCACGCCCAAGGAUGCCUCCUGCCUCUUUCGAGCCGUCUCGGAGCAGUUGUUUUGCAGCCAGGUCCACCAUUUGGAAGUCAGAAGGGCUUGCGUCUCCUUCAUGAGAGAAAACCAACACAACUUUGAAUCUUUCGUGGAAGGGUCUUUUGAAAGGUACCUGGAGCGGUUGGGAGAUCCCAAGGAAAGUGCUGGCCAACUGGAGUUAAGAGCGCUUUCUGUCAUUUACAAUCGAGACUUCAUUCUCUAUCGACACCCUGGGAAGCCUCCAACUUACGUCACAGAUAAUGGCUACGAUAACAAGAUCAUGCUCUGCUGUUCCAGUAAUGGGCAUUAUGAUUCCGUGUACACCAAGCAAUUUCAGGCUGAUGCUGCUGUUUGCCAGGCUGUACUCUAUGAGAUUCUCUACAAGGAUGUGUUUGUUGUGGAUGGGGAAGAGUUGAAAGCUGCCCUUGAAAUAUUUCGUGGCACUUCCAGGAAGAACAGACACAGCAUCUUCCCGGGGAGUGAUGACAGGAUGGACGAUUGGGGCCUGAGCACCACCGGUGGGCAUGAGUACCUCUGUGAUAGAUACAGGCAUGGAACAGAGGACGGAAAGUUUUCAGAUAAUCAGUCCAAGAUGCCUUUCCCCUACAAAGUGAUGAAAGCUCUGGACCCAGAUAUCUACCGUAAUGUGGAGUUCGAUGUUUGGCUGGACAGCAGGAAAGAACUUCAGAAAUCAGACUGCAUGGUGUUUGCUGGGAGACAGUAUUUUCUGGGAGACAAGUGCCAGGUUCGAUUGGAGCCUGGUGGGAGAUACUACAAUGCGCACAUUCAGGAGGUCGGCAAUGACAGUGCUUCUGCCACAGUCUUCAUUGAGGAGCUGGCAGAGAAACAUGUUGUCCCGCUGGCUAACUUAAAGCCAGUGACUCAAGUGACACCUGUCCCUGCCUGGAAUGUGCUUCCCAACCGAAGAGGCGGCAGCGGUGGGAGAGGAGGAGGAACGUACCCCAAGAUUACUGGUGGCUAUAUUCCAGAAAUGGACCUGGAUUUGAAGGGGCAUAAGAAGAUGCUGAAGAAGAUUCAUGGGAAGGAGGUUUUGAUGGCAAUGGCUUGCAGCAGGGGCGAGCCCGUGCUCCCCACCCGGUUCCACCACAGCCUUCACGCUGGCCGUGCCCCUCCCAUCCAGUGCCCUCCCCAAAGCGCUGGCUCCAUGGUGCAGUUCCGUCCCCAGCAGCUGCCACCUCCGAGACAAGGACGGGGCUAUGGCAUUGCCAGGGGAGGAACACCUCGAUUUAUGAAUAGAAACAAUGUGGUCACUCCUGAAGUUACUUUCUAUCCGGGCCCAGGGAAGAGAUGCUAUCAGACCUAUGACAACUUCUCCUUUCGGUCCCGUUCUUACAGCCGGAGCCGCCGGCAGAUGCACUGUGUGAAUAAAGAAUGCCGGUAUGGCUUUCCCUCUGAGACUGGAGCCACACCUCGGGGCCUGGAGGAAACAGUCACUUAUUAUGAAAUUGAAGAAGGCGAUGAGACUGCUUACCCAGCUAUAGUGCCUCAGAAUACCCCAUCGCCAGUGGUCCCUCCUGCUGCUGCUGGAUUCUGGGUAGCAAGACAGGGGCCCAACCCUAUCACUUCAGGCAAAUCCGUCGUCACUUCAUCGGAAGAAGAGGUGGAUGAGCCCAGUGACGGUGGUGAAUAUCACGAUGACUACAUUUACUCCACAGACCCAGACUAUGAAACUCCAUCAGUUUAUAGCACUGCUGAGUCAGCUGCUAACCUGUCUCUCCAGGAUGGAAGAGCAUGUUCUGUGCCCCCUCAGGAUGGUGCUAUCUACAGCUACCCUCAAAAGAUGCUGAUGAGCCCACCAGUGAUAUCUCCAACUUCCUGUAGCAGUUCCAUGCCACCAGCUGUCUUAUCAAGCUGCCCACCAAACCCUCAGGCUGUUGUUGGUGCUGCCACUGCUGCCCCUGUGCCCUCACAGGCCCCAGUGCCGUCUCUCCUUAUGGCUCCAACCCCAUUGAACCGUCCAGUGAUCCCAUCAGCAAUGUUCUCUUACUAUCCUGCUCCUGUUGCUGCAACUGGCCCGUCCAAUGAGCUGGGAGAACCUGCAGGCAUCCCGAUGCCACCAGCUUAUUCGUGUGACCCGAAUGGUAGUGACCUACCUCGAGAUACCAAGGUAUUGCAGUAUUACUUCAACCUGGGGCUGCAGUGCUACCACCAGAAUUACUGGCACUCCGUGGUCUGUAUGCCCCAUCAUCAGCAACAGCAGCAGCAACACCAGCCUCCACCGCUGCCGCCACCCCUGGUGCCUUCUCAGCAUGUGGCUUCUCUCGAACCUUACCCCGCUUAUCCUGAACAUGUGCCAGUGGCAGACCAUGCAGUGUCCCAAGUGUACAGUGAGCUGGGGAGGGCUGAUAACCAGCAGGUUCCUCCUGAAACAGCGACUGGUAGUGAGUAUGCAAGAGGCCGAGCAGUGGCAGGCAUCUACACAAACUCUGACCAGCCACCACCACCCACCGGGUCCGUCUACUAUCCAGUUAUGCCAGAUUCCUAUGUCCAGCAUCCCCUGCAAGGAUAUGACCCCUGUGUUUCCAUGGUCCCUGCUUAUCACUGUGUUCCCCCAUGGCAUCAGAUGGGUGCGUAUGGCACCUCGCCCCGGAUCCAUGGUGCUCUGAAUUCUGGCUCAGUGCCCCAGGUGAGCUGUGUUCCCUCAGCAAAUCCUGCUGCAGCUCACUAUUCCUCUCCAAACAUGUGA